AUGCUUAGUUGGAAGUUUGCCUUUGUGUGCCACCUGUGUGCGGUGGACCUGCUGUGUGCCGUGCUGCUCAUGCCAUUGGGAAUUGUGUCCAGCUCGCCGUACUUCGCCAGCGUGGUGUUCACAGUGCUGGAGUGCCAGGUGUACGUCUUCCUCAACGUGUUCCUCAUCGCAGCCUCCAUCUUCACCAUCACGGCCAUCAGCGUGGAGCGUUACUACUACAUUGUCCACCCCAUGCGCUACGAGGUAAAGAUGACCCUGAAGCUGGCCACAGCCGUCAUGGUCCUGGUCUGGGUAGCCUCAGCCCUCCUGGGGCUGGCCACUGUGUUCGGCUGGCCCAGCUACGGCAGCCUGAGCUCCAUCAGCGCCGCCCACUGCUCUCUCCACUGGAGCCACAGCGGCCACCGCCGGGCCUUCUCUGUCCUCUUCACAGUGGCCUGUUUCUGCCUGCCCGCUGCAGUCAUCUUUGCUGUAUACUGUAACGUCUAUAAAGUGGCCCGCUUGGCGGCUAUACAGCAUGGACCAUUACCGUCCUUGACUGCCAGCCAUCUUAAACACCGCUCAGAUUCCAUCAGCAGCCAGACCACUAUCAUCACCACCCGCAACACCCCCAGGAGGCUCCACCAAAAAAGGCCCUUUGGUGGGGGCAAGGCUGCCUUCACCCUGGUGGUCAUUGUGGGCCAGUUCCUGCUCUGCUGGUUGCCUUACUUCGCCUUCCACCUGCACCUGACUAUCAACAACCCGCCCAAGGUCCCACCUGACCUAGAGGAGGCCGUCACCUGGCUGGCGUACUCCUCCUUUACCGUCAACCCAUUUUUUUAUGGGCUGCUGAACCGCCAGAUCAGGGAGGAGCUGUGUAAACUGCGGCGCUGUUACUCCACCCGGCCCGUCGAGCUGGCCCUGUCCAGCGGCCACGAGGGCUCAGCCCACGAGAACUUCCUGCAGUUCCUCCAGAGAACCAGCUGUACGGUGGAGACCAGAGCCAGCUUCGCCUGCACAUCCAGUCCCAGGAACACCCUGGACCAGACAGCGCAGCAGACAGCUGACUUCAGGAUACCCGGACAGAUACCGGAGGAGUUCAAUUAAAACGCCCCUGAUAUAUUAACCUGGACCCCAGUGAUAUACUGUUACUGUAUGGACACAAGCCCCUGACUGCUGAGUUAAAACUGUUAAAACACCUUUAUAUCUGGCCACUGGAACCUUAUUGACUUCUGUAAUGGCUGUAGCACAGGAAUACUAGAAGCAGGAACAGCCUGGACAAGACUGGGCAGACAGCUGGGUUCAGGAUACCAGGUCAGAUACCUGAGGAUUUCAGUUAAUCAACAAUAUUCUUAGAUUUGUAUGCCACUGGCAUUUACUGUAGUUGACUGCUGUAAUGGCAGUGCAAACUUCCCCAGGACUACUGACCUAGAGCAGCAAAAUUAGCCUCGGCGUAAUUUCCCAGAGCCUUCGUAGCGUUAAGAUCAUCGCUAGAACCUUCUUGCGAUGUAUCAUUAGUAGCGAAGGUUUUUCCCAGAGCCUUCAUUAGUAAAACUUUGCACAUCUACGAGGGAUCCAGACCACUUUUAGAGGAGCCAAAGUGCAUCGUUGAAUGCUUUUUUGCCCUUGGUUAGGCUGUCUGUCUGACUGUGACUGACAAUAACUUCAGAACGAAGUUGACUACAGAUACAAAGUUACCAAAGUAUUAGCACAUUUUACAAACAAGUGAAGGAUAACACGGUGCUUCAAAUGAAAACCGAGAUGACUGCAUUAAAAGAUACAUAGCCUAUAACGGCCCAUAUAGCCUAUUUCAAUCAUAUUGAAAUCAUUUAAUGUUCAAUCCCACUGGGCACAGAUGGUUCAACAUAAUUUUAUUUAAAUUAUGUGGAAACAACAUUGAUUCAAUCAGUGUGUGCCCAGCGGGAUCAAUUUAGUUAUAUUUUGCCUCAAUGUGUUUCAUGGUGUGUGACAACAUUUGUACAAUCUGUGAUUCAGUGCAUUAUUAUUGGGUAAGCAUAAUAAGCUGCCUCAAUAGCUUAUUUACAGUCAUGGGUGGUAAUAUCUCUCUAGUAGCUGAUCUGUUGUCAGUAUUGUGGAAUAAUUAGAAUGUUAAGGCAUGAUUUAAAUGGAGAAAGCUGAUUCCGAGAGCAUCGCUGCUUUUCUUUGGAUCCUAUCACUAUCGGCACGUGGUCUAGCGGCGCACGUAGCGAACGUUCUCUUUACGUGAUUGUUUAGGAAACGCAAUUAAAACGUUGGUUUGUAAAUAGCGAUACAUCUGAUACGAUCAUCAUAAUGCUUGAUCGUACAUCGCAACUGGGAAACGAGGCCCCAGUCCCAGAUCUGUUUGUGCUGUCUUGACACUCCUAUUGUCUUGCCUGACAAUGACCAUAGGAGCAAACACUAACAGAUUUUAUUAGCCUACUGGGCAAAAUAUGGCUGAAUCAACGUUGUUUCCACGUCAUUUCAACCAAAAUAUUAAAUGUGAUGACGUUGAAUCAACAUGGAAAACUGAUUGGUCCAAUGAAUGACAGGGUGGCAUUUUUGGUUCAUUUCACAUUGAAUUCACAUUAGUUGACAACUUAACUAAAUGUAAGUUAAAACUAGAUGUUGUACUGACAUCUGUGCCCUGUGGGAGACCACAUCAAUGUCAGUCCAGUGAGGCAACCGUACUGCCCCCUACACACUGCCCUUAAAACACACAGAGACAGGCCUCCUGUGUGGCGCAGUGGUCUA